AUGGCUCAGCCGCAGCCUCAACCAGGAACUCCAGUGCCCCCUUCACAGUCUCUUUUUGGCGUCCCGACGAACCAGGCUCUACCAGCGUCGUCCUCUUCUUCGACGCCAUCGCAGCAGCCGACGCCGUCGCCGAUGGACCAGACUCCAGGUUCCGCGGCAUCAAGCAACAAUACCUACAUCAUGCCCAACUCCCCUAUUAAAAACAGAGGAACGCUAGAUGGAUACCGACCUCGAAUCACGAGGACCCUAGGCCAGCGCCCUGCUUGUCUCGUCAAUGCCUCCGUCACCUACUGCGGCAACAAUCAGAUAUACGCUUUUGGAGGCUUUGACCAAUACACCGAUGAGGUGUACAACCAUGUUCUCAAGCUGGAUUUGAUCAGCCAUCAAUGGAGCCUGGUAGACAAUUACGGCGAUAUCCCCGGUGUGCGUAUGGGCCACACGGCUACCUUGUACCAAGGCGACAAAUUGCUUGUCUUUGGCGGCGAGAACGAGCAUAGGACGUAUCUUUCAGACCUGAUAAUGUUCGACUUGAAGACGGCACAUUGGACACAACCGCAGGUGACGGGCCCCGUUCCAAAAGGACGAGCUAGGCAUGCCGCUGUUCUCCACGAAGACAAGUUGUUCAUAGUCGGCGGCAUAACUGGCCAUGACAAUUACGUGCUCGAUGAUAUAUGCUAUCUCGACUUGAAGACCUUCACAUGGUCUCGUUCAUGGCGGUUCGUGGGGCGCUUCGACCAUUCCGCUUACAUCUGGGGCGACCGAGUCUGGGUCUUCGGCGGCCUCUCCGAGGACAUGGACAAGAUUGGAGAUUUGUGGUGGUUAGAUCUGAAAGGCAGUCCAGCCUUCGAAUCUUCUCCUCAUGUCGGCAUCUUCGACCGACAAACAGGCACAAGUCGAACAGUCGGCUCCCCGAGACAGCCAUACACACUAUCCCAUCCUCCCCCAGCCGUCGGAGCCUCUGGUUAUGCCGCCAACUCUCGCACCCAACAGGUCAACCCACCAUCUUUUCAACUCAAGACGUUCGCCCCGAUGGCACCUGGAACGAUCUCGUCUUUAAAGUUUGUGUCCGGCCCCAACAUACCCUCUCAGGGUUCUGGGAUUCACUUUCAUGUCUACUCGUCAGGUGCACUACUUGAUUUCGUCACGCCAUCGACAAUCAUCACAUCUAAGGAUUGCUCACUGUCGGCCUUAGAUCUCCCAACACUAAGGUGGCAAAAGCUUGCCGAAGGUCGUGAAAUUUUCAAAAACGGGUACCGCUGGCAUUAUUGCACGAUGAAUGAGGAUGGCACGAAGGCGUGGCUCCUCGGAUGUCCCACCGAUCCUGCCGCAGCCGACCUUGGCCCUAACGGUUUCGAGGAAUACCUAAGUGAUAUUAUGGAGAUGGAUCUUCGUCGGUACGGCUUCCUUGGAAGUAAUAUCUCUUCCGAGCCGCGCACAGAAUCCCGGCCAACUACGAGAGUCAUAGACCAGCCGUCCAAAGGCCUUGGUGCCGACCUAGCCAAACUUUUUGACCAGCCUCCAGAGACAGGCAGCGGGACCGACUUUAGUAUCACCGCGUCAGAGGGCGAUUAUGAGGACGACGAUAUGAUAAGCCGAAAUGUCAACGCUUCAGCAGAUCAGAACUGGCUCGCCCCUGAUGCACCCACCUCACAGCCUAUUCACGUUCACAAGCUUAUUCUUCAGGCUCGCUGGCCACACUUUGCCCGCCUCUAUAACUCUCAAAUGGCUGAGUUUCACACGAAGAGAAUGCAUAUUCCAGAGCCCUACACUGUUGUGAAAGCAUUCCUCUACUAUCUCUACACAGACAGCAUUCACGGUACAUCGGUAAAUGAAAGUGGCGCCACCACCGAAUUGUCUGAUGUGGCCGGGCUACUCGUCAUGUCUAACAUUUACGGAAUACCACAUUUGCGGUUACUCUGUGUGAGCCGGCUGUCGAAGGAGCUGGAUGUCGACCAUGCCUGCAUCAUCUGGCACUGUGCUGGACUUGCCAACGAGGAUUGGCUGCGGAAACGUGCGGCACAAUUCUGCCUCCUACACUGGGGCCGGAUAGUUCGGACUCAGGGUUUCCUUCGCUUGCCGCGUGCUGCACUGGUCGAGCUAUCACAGGAGAUAGACAUGGAGGGGCGUGUUGUUGGUGGCGAUGAGCUUGAGUACGUUGGUGGUUUGGCUGGCACCCGCUUCGGCGAUGGAUGCUCUAUUGUAAGCCGAAAGGAGAGCAUCAGUAGCAACCACACGCAGCUUCUUGACAGCGAGGCCGAUGACGAAGACGGGAUGGAGAUGACAUGA